UCCUGACCCCCUUUGCAUUCCUUCUUGGAGCUCCCUCCUGAGGGACCUCCGCUCCCAGCCGAUCCAGGGCCCCCAGCGCCCCGCCAGGUCCCUCUUUCCUCUCGCCAGGCCCCGCUGCCUCCUGAAGGUUACGCGACGCAGCGGCGGGGCGCAGGGGGGCGCCCGCCCUCGCCGCCCACCCCCGCGCCAGCCGCGGCGCGCCGAGCUGGGCCAGCAGCGCUGCUGGCUGCUGCCACCGCAAUCCCGGCUCCUAAAUCAGCGCGGGGAGGCGCCCCUUCCCCCAUCCUGCUCCCCGACUCCCCGGGCCGCGAUUGGCCGAGCGGGCGCCCCCCAACCCUGGGCCCCCGGCUCCAGCCGCCACGCCAUUGGCUGCGGGCCUCCGCCAGCCUUUACAUAAGCCCGGGCGCGCUCAAGUGGAGUUGUAUAAAGCGAGCGCGCGGCGUCGGGGCGGGAGGCUCGAGGCCAGCCCGGGACCGGGACCGGGAGCUGCAGACGGCGGCAGAGGCGGCAGUGAGCGCCCGCGCUCCGACGCCCCCAGGCGGCGGGGCUGAGAGGGCACGAGGAUGGCGCCCAACGCGGCCCCGGGCAUGUUCAGGAUGUUACUGUUUCUGCUGCUGCUGCAGUUUCUGCCUCCCACGGAGGGGUCCCAGCGGGCUGAACCCAUGUUUAUCGCAGUCACCAACUCGGUUCUGCCCCCCGACUAUGACAGCAACCCCACUCAGCUCAACUAUGGUGUGGCAGUUACUGAUGUGGACCACGACGGGGACUUCGAGAUCGUUGUGGCAGGGUACAAUGGCCCCAACCUGGUUCUGAAGUACGACAGGGCCCAGAAACGGCUGGUGAACAUCGCUGUGGAUGAGCGCAGCUCACCCUACUACGCACUGCGGGACCGGCAGGGCAACGCCAUCGGGGUCACAGCCUGCGACAUUGAUGGGGAUGGCCGUGAGGAGAUCUACUUCCUCAAUACCAACAAUGCCUUCUCCGGGGUGGCCACAUAUACAGACAAGUUGUUCAAGUUCCGCAAUAACCGGUGGGAAGACAUCCUGAGUGACGAGGUCAACGUGGCCCGUGGCGUGGCCAGCCUCUUUGCAGGACGCUCUGUUGCCUGUGUGGACCGAACGGGAUCUGGACGCUACUCCAUCUACAUUGCCAAUUAUGCCUACGGUAAUGUGGGGCCUGACGCCCUCAUUGAAAUGGACCCUGAGGCCAGUGACCCCUCUCGGGGCAUCCUGGCACUCAGAGAUGUGGCUGCUGAGGCUGGGGUCAGCAAAUACACAGGGGGCCGAGGUGUCAGCGUGGGCCCCAUCCUCAGCAGUAGUGCCUCGGACAUCUUCUGUGACAAUGAGAAUGGGCCCAACUUCCUCUUCCACAACCAGGGCAACGGCACCUUUGUGGAUGCUGCAGCCAGUGCUGGUGUGGAUGACCCCCACCAGCAUGGGCGAGGUGUCGCCCUGGCCGACUUCAACCGAGACGGAAAAGUGGAUAUCGUCUACGGCAACUGGAACGGCCCCCACCGCCUCUACCUGCAGAUGAGUGUCCAGGGGAAGGUCCGCUUCCGGGACAUUGCCUCACCCAAGUUUGCCACGCCCUCCCCUGUUCGCACUGUCAUUGCUGCUGAUUUUGACAAUGACCAAGAGCUGGAGAUCUUCUUCAACAACAUUGCCUACCGCAGCUCCUCCGCCAACCGCCUUUUCCGCGUCAUCCGCAGGGAGCACGGAGACCCCGUCAUCGAGGAGCUCAACCCGGGUGAUGCACUGGAGCCCGAGGGCAGGGGCACAGGGGGCGUGGUGACUGACUUUGAUGGAGACGGAAUGCUGGACCUCAUCUUAUCUCAUGGAGAGUCCAUGGCUCAGCCGCUGUCUGUCUUCCGGGGAAAUCAGGGCUUCAGCAACAACUGGCUUCGAGUGGUGCCUCGCACCCAGUUUGGAGCUUUUGCCAGGGGGGCCAAGGUCGUGCUGUACACCAAGAAGAGCGGGGCUCACCUGAGAAUCAUCGACGGGGGCUCAGGGUACCUUUGCGAGAUGGAACCCGUGGCACACUUUGGCCUGGGAAGAGACGAGGCCAGCAGUGUGGAGGUGACAUGGCCAGAUGGCAAGAUGGUGAGCCGGAGUGUGGCCAGCCGGGAGAUGAAUUCAGUGCUGGAGAUCCCCUACCCCCGGGAUGAGGAGAGACUUCAGGACCCAGCCCCACUGGAGUGCGGCCAAGGAUUCUCCCAGCAGGAAAGUGGCCACUGCGUGGACACCAAUGAGUGCAUCCAGUUCCCCUUCGUGUGUCCUCGAGACAAGCCCGUGUGUGUCAACACCUAUGGGAGCUACAGGUGCAGGACCAACAAGAGGUGCGGUCGGGGCUAUGAGCCCAAUGAGGACGGCACAGCCUGUGUGGCUCAAGUGGCCUUUUUAGGUGGGUAUUCUUCGGCUGCCUUUAGAAUCUCUGAGCCUCUCUCUUGGGCCUCAUAUCUUUCUCUAGGCCUUGGACUUUGCCUUCAGUUAUAUGCACUUUAAAUCCCAUCAAUAAAGGAAAAAAAAAAAACAAAACAAACCAACCACCUUUGUGGAAAACU